CUUAAAUGAAGAAGAAGAACGGUAGAAUGCAGGUCGGUCCGUCAGUCACAUCACACCUGUCUGUGCCCGUCCAUGGAUGCCGCCCCCCCUCUCCACUCGCUCACUCUCACCCUCACAUCGCUGCAUGGCAUGCAUCCGGAGCCGUAUGCUUGGCAUCGGCACUCAUAUGCAGACAGUGAGUGCAGUGAAACCAACAGAGUGUGAAGACUGCUCUCAGCUCUCGGGGGACACACACACACACACGGGCAGGCAGGCAGGCAGACACAUACGACACAGAAAUACGCACGCACACCCGCCAUCCGCACACCAUCCCCGUCCGGUAAGAACGUGGAAGCAAGCAGCGCUAAAUGCAAAACUCGUUCGCUUGGUCGUGCAGUGACUGAGUGAGUGAGUGGGCAAGAUGAGGUGGGGACGAAAAAUACCCCUUAUUAUUGUGUGUGUGGACGUUGAAAGCAUCCCUCACUCAUCGUUAGCAAAACUUGCCUCAUCCGGCUGCCUGCCCCCUGCCCGCCAACCGGCAGAUCAGCAGCCGCCUGCAUGAGGCUGCAGCAUUCUUAAAAGGCAAGGAACAAACUCUCCGAGCAGGCCUUCACUGGCGUGUGGGGGCCAGUCACCCACACGCCAAUGAAGGCUACGAGGCCAUCCAGCAAGAGACCGACGGACGGACCGGCCGCUGUCUCCCCACGCGCCCUCCUACCUACUAGUGAAAAGAAGUUGCCCGACCCGCCUGUACCUGUCACACAGCUGUCUGUACACAUUUCAUUCAUUGACAAACACACAAACUGUCCCCCUCCCCCCCCUCCCCGCCUCCCCCGGCAAGCAAGGCCAGUGUGUCAAGAAAAUCGGACUGAUGUCACGAUUGGUUCCACCGCCUUGGGUUCCAGAACCUGCAGCACAACACCGAGACAGACAGACAGGCACACACACACGCGUGAGUGAGUGAUGGCCAUCUCAUGCCGUCCAUGCUGUGCUGCGUCGUGCUGUUCUGUGUGACUGUGAGUGUGUGUUUACUCGCUCCAGCUUUUGAAUGGUACAAAUCCUCCGCAUGUGGGGCAUCUCCUCUCUUUGCCGUUCUGCGUCAUGAUCAAGCCGCUCCCCGAACACCGACGGCACGCCUGGGAGAUACAUACAUCAAACCACCAGCAGCGGACACAGCCGACCAGUGAGUGACGGUCCUUACGAUCCGCGUGUGCGUGUGUGUGUGUGUGUAUGUGUGUGUGUGACCCUCUGUGUCUGUAUCCGCUUGCUACAAACAGCACACACACCGAAAGCAGAACACUGACAGUCCAGCGGUGCAGCGCCACUGAUUGAUUGUCUGCCUGCCUCUUGUCUUGCUUCCCUCCGACUCACUUGAACUCGAAUGCAGCGAUUGUGAAAGGCAGGAAGCCCGCAAUGGUGCCGACGAGGGCCUGCUGCUGGUACAUCUGCAUGUCCACCUCACUCAGCGGCUCCUGCACCCUCUCAGCAAUCACCAACAGCGCAUCCUCAGGCAGCAUAGACACAGCUAUCGUUGCAUCUUCCCCCGCUGUUGGUGUUGUGAUGCGCAGAGGGGAUGCCGGGAGGCGUGAAGGCCUGAGGAAGGCCUCGAGCUCUGUCGCGUGAGGCCGGCACUGCACGGCGAGAGGGCCACUGAGGGUCAUCAGCAGCGUCCACAGAGAGCCGGAGCUGACAGCGCGGUACACUCGCCGAAGUAUCAUGGAGGUGCUUCGCGAGGCUACGUACCUAAAGGCCAG